AUGCCAACCCAAAACAUCCGAACCCUCCCCCGAGGCCAAUCCCCCGACCCCGCCACAACCUGCCACGCCGAAAAAACCUUCCACCAUUUCUGCGGCCACAUCACCACAACCUACACCCAACACUCUCUCCUAUGCAGCUCCUCCCAAAACCAAGUCAUCACCAAUCAAACACCAUCAACCAGUUCCGGCUCCAGCCCAUCACGAAGUCCAACCCUCACACGAACCGUAAGUCAAUCUGCCAGCUCCGCUGUCGAAGCUCUAGGCGGCUUAGCUCGUCGUUUAGUAGUGCAAUCGACAGAUUCGAUUUCGAGAGAAAUCCCUAUUACUUCUCUGGAGUUUUCGUUUGCGGCUCGUGUGCCGUGUCUGCAGGUGGUGGAUGAACCGCUUUAUGAUCCGGCGCCUUGUAAGAGGUGUGCGGAGUCGAUGGGAUUGGAUGAGGCGGGAAAUGUGGAAAGUGGGAGGGUGAUGACGGAUAGGGAGGAGGAGGAGUGGGUUAGGAGGAGGGUGAAGGUUGAGGCGGAUAUGAGGGAGUGGGUUGUUAGGAUGAAUGAUUGGGAUGGUGGGGUUAGGGUUUUGAGGAGAGAUGUUGAUUGA